GGGUCGGGAGGUGGAAGCUGGAGAGAGAGCUUUGUGGUUAGGAGCAUUUGCUCCUCUUGCAGAGGACCUGCGUUCGGUUCCCGGCACCCACACUUCAGGUCACGGCGCUGCAGCACCAGCGCCAGACAAUCUGGUGCCCUCUCGAAGCCUCUGGGGACACCUACCUGCCUAUAUGUGGCACACAUACACCGACAUCAUGAGAAUAUAAAAAGCUUCAAAAGAUUCCAAAGUGGGGCUAGAGAGCAGGCUUAUCAGUUCGAACCACGCGUGUAUGGUGUUUGCAGAGGAUCCAGGUUCCAUUCCCUGCACCCGUGUAAUCUGCACACCUGUCCUGUGGAAUCUUAACAUGUAAUAGCCGGCCUCAGACUCCUGUGACCUUCCAGCCACAGCCGCUCACCUGGGAUCACAGCCUCUGGGAUCACAGCCAGGAGCCGCCGAUCCUUGGAUUCACCCACUGAGGAAACAGGCGUGAAGGGUACUGCCUUCAGCGAAUGGUGCUUAUCUUAGCACUGGGAAGAAACUCAAAAGCUUUGGAGACUUGAGGAUUAGAUGGGGUUGACCGAUGUUGGGUGUCCCUCAGCUAUUGAAGAUCCCCCUUUGAACAGAGAAGAUGACUGCAGAAUUUAAAGAGACCAUGGGCAGACCCUCUUGGGGCCCAGUGAAGGUGAAAAAGGAAGACGAUGAGCAUGAAAGUGUCGGAAGUCAGGCAUCCAGCCAACAAGUGUACCCUAAGAAUGUCACUGUCUGUGCUCCAGGGGAAGUGUCAGAAGGGGAGGACAAGGGCCAGAAAAUGUUCUGGGACAUGGCAGUGGUCCUAGAAGCAACACAGGAGGCUGCUGCUGCUGCUGCACCCCGUGGGAGCUACGCACUAACAGGGACCCUGGCCAAGAGUGAAGUCCUGGAGCCUCCUGGGAACCCAACCCCACUGGGUACUGAAACCAAGAACCUACAGUUAUUGGUUCCUAAAACAGAGAUAUGUGAUGAAGCAGAAAUGCCCUCCAUGAUUUUAGGAAGACUCCAGAAAGGUGACCUUCAAGGACCCGAGCGAGGAGAAUCCUGUGAGAAGGGAAACAUGUUAAAAAGGCAGAGAAUAAAGAGGGGGAAAAGAGAUUUCAGAAAAGUGACAGUGAAAGACUGUCUGUUGCCUGAAAGCUUCAAAGAGGAAGACCAGGAAUCUAAGAAGGCUAGGGGAAAAUACAGCCUUAGUUCUGGUCCUGUUAAGAAUCAGAAAAUACAGCCUGGGCAAAAGCCUUUUACAUGUAGGGAGUGUGGGAAAGGCUUCAGUCAGAGUGCGAACCUUGUUGUGCAUCAACGGAUCCACACGGGGGAGAAGCCCUUCGAGUGUCAUGAAUGUGGGAAAGCCUUCAUUCAGAGUGCGAACCUUGUUGUGCAUCAGCGGAUCCACACUGGACAGAAACCCUAUGUUUGUGGAAAGUGUGGGAAGGCUUUCACUCAGAGUUCAAAUCUGACUGUACAUCAAAAAAUUCACUCCUUAGAAAAAACUUUCAAGUGUGGUGAAUGCGAGAAAGCUUUCAGUUACAGUUCUCAACUUGCUCGGCACCAGAAAGUCCAUAUAACCGAGAAGUGCUAUGAGUGCAAUGAAUGUGGAAAGACAUUUACUCGAAGCUCUAACCUCAUUGUCCAUCAAAGGAUUCACACCGGGGAGAAGCCUUUUGCCUGCAAUGAUUGUGGCAAAGCCUUUACCCAGAGUGCAAAUCUCAUUGUGCAUCAGCGAAGCCAUACUGGUGAGAAGCCAUACGAGUGUAAAGAUUGUGGGAAAGCCUUUAGUUGUUUUUCUCAUCUUAUUGUGCACCAGAGAAUUCACACUGCAGAGAAACCUUAUGACUGCAGCGAAUGUGGAAAAGCCUUCAGUCAGCUCUCUUGCCUUAUUGUCCACCAGAGAAUUCAUAGUGGAGACCUCCCUUAUGUGUGUAACGAGUGUGGGAAGGCCUUCACUUGUAGCUCCUACCUUCUCAUUCAUCAAAGAAUCCACAAUGGGGAAAAGCCUUAUACUUGUAACGAAUGUGGCAAGGCCUUCAGACAGAGGUCAAGUCUCACUGUCCACCAGCGAACGCACACAGGGGAGAAGCCCUACGAGUGUGCAAAGUGUGGUGCAGCGUUCAUUUCUAACUCGCACCUCAUGCGACAUCACAGAACCCAUGUUGUUGAGUAGCAAGAAGAGGACAAUUCCCUGCUGUUGGUCGUAACCUACUGCUCCUGUGGUCUACUCUAUUCUUCCUUUCUUGAAACAAGGACUGUGCUCUUUAGAGUUAUUUUUCUGGAAGAUAAUGUAAACACAUUUCAGAAACUAAUUUAAAGACAAUAAAACUUAAACACCUAAGAACCAA